UUGUCUCUACGUUUGUCUCCGCCUACUUCACGGAUCUGACAACGUUUAGUUUGAAACUCUGACUUAGAAGAGCUGGUAGGAACAGGUUUAGUAUCUAGGGGCUGGGUGACUCCAAAUCACUAAUUUAGUGGGGAUCGAGGAACUGGGGCAAUACUGUAUUCCUCGCAGGAUCUGGAGAUCAUCUAUCCAGGCUGGGGCUUCUGGAGCAGGCAAGGACCCAGGGCCCCUGGAAGAACUGGUCCAGGGGACUGAAUUCCCAGUGUGUUCCUAGAGCAGAGCAUGAACACACUCCUGCCAUUGCUGCUAGGCCUCAGCCUGGGCUCCACCAGAGCAGGUGGCUUUUUAGCCCAUGUGGAAAGCACCUGUCUGUUGGAUGAUGAUGGGACUCCAAAGGAUUUCACAUAUUGUGUCUCCUUCAACAAGGAUUUGCUGACCUGCUGGGAUCCCCAAACAUCCCGAAUGGCCCCUUGUGAAUUUGGGGUACUGAAUGUCUUGGCGAAUUACCUCUCAGAUUACCUCAACCAACAGGAAAGCCUACUCCAGCGCUUGUCUAAUGGGCUCCAGGACUGUGCCACACAUACCCAGUCCUUCUGGGGAUCACUGACCCACAGGACACGGCCACCAACUGUGCAGGUAGCCAAAACCACUCCUUUUAACACGAAGGAGCGUGUGAUGCUGGCCUGCUACGUGUGGGGCUUCUAUCCAGCUGAUGUGAAUAUUUCAUGGAGGAAGAAUGGGCAGCCUGUCCUCCCUCACAGAAGUGCCCCUAAGAUGGCUCAGCCCAAUGGAGACUGGACGUAUCAGACCGUCUCUCAUUUAGCCACAACUCCCUCUUUCGGGGACACCUACACCUGCGUGGUGGAUCACAUCGGGGCUCUUGAGCCCAUCUGCGAGGACUGGACACCUGGACUGUCCCCGAUGCAGACACUGAAGGUUUCGGUGGCUGCAGUGACUCUGGGCCUGGGCCUCAUCAUUUUGUCUCUUGGUUUGCUCAGCUGGCGGAAAGCUAGCUCCUCUGGCUACAUUUUCCUCCCUGGGUCCAGUUAUCCAGAAGGUCAACACAUCUCCUAGAGGCAGGGUCCUACAACUUCCGCUCCAAGGGAGGAGGAGAUUCAAACUCUUAGUGAUGCUGCUGUGUCCCCUCAACAUCCUCAGACCCUCCACAUUUUCUUGGAUCCUAUGGUUUCUCCACCCAGAUCUUUGAACUUCCCAGCCCACCCCAUGUAAACCUUAAUGAGUUGGGGGAACUCGUUCCUGGGAAUAUUCUGUAACCAAGUUAACAUCCAAGGCUAUGUUUCUGGGGCAAAUGCAGUCUGGGGAGGAAGGUUAAAGGCCCUUGUGGGGCCCACACUGUGCCAUGGGGGCCAGUGAGUCACUGGUGAUCAUGUCUGAGGAAUAAACUCUGGUGGAAAUAA